UUGUCAUCACGAUAUAUAUACAUAUAUAAUAGCGAGAACAGAGCUAAAGCCAAAAUAAAUAAAACAUAUUUUAACGUCUCUCUGCGAUUGCGUAUCACAUUGCGAAAUAAAGCAGGAAGCUAUUGACGAGGCGAUUUUCCGCAUACUAUCCAACGCGCACGUUGAUCUGUCACAUUGCAAGUAGGUGGAAAAUAGCUCGUCUAUGUGGUUUCUCUUCCAGUGUGGGCUUUCUGAUUCAUUCGCAAACGCGAACGCAGAAAACGAGUGUGUAUAAAAUAGUAGCAGUAGCAGCAGCAGCAGCAGCAGCAUCAGCAACAGCAGACGCAGUCAAAGCCGCAGCAGCAGCUAUAGCACUUUGGAGGCCAGACUAGUGUGAGAGAGUUCUCGAUUUGACGCGAAAGCGAGAGGGAGAAAGAUCGAGAGAGAAACAAAAAGUCAAAUUGAGCAGUUGGCUGCAGCGCGCUUGUGUUUACGGAACUACUGCUGUAACAACGACACUUGGAUUACUUGGUUUUGUGUGCGCGCAGCCUAGAGCUCGCACUGCUAGAGCCGAUAUCUAGCACACGGAGAGCGAGCGAGAGAAGCAGCAACUACGGCCACGGCUAGCAAGGCAUCGUCGUCUCUGCGGGGUACGCUUGGGCGCCACAAAACGGAUCGACGAAACGAAGCGCCAUCGUGCGCUGGAGCGACAAGGCCCAGCCAGAUCUGCAGCUACAGCGGCAGCACUAGGAGUUGGACAGUCCAAGUGCCGGUAUUCAAGAGUCGGUGACCAAACGCGAUCGACCUCCAACUGCCGGCUCUUAGGCCACUUCGUCAGGCUUGCAUCGAGGACUUGUUAUUGCCUAGUCAUCGGACACGAAUCGAGCGGACGUUGCUCUAACGUCUACUGUACGCGUUCAUUUCCCAUAAGUUCAGUGCAGUACUCGCCGGCGACGGUUAAAUCGAACAAGUCGAGAUGGCGUUCAUGAUGCCAGUGGUCAAGAACGAGUGGGAUAUCUACAAGACCAACCGUAGCAGGCGCUCGUCCGAGUGUUCGAAUCCUCAGGCGUGUCGAAGCAGAAAGACUAAUGUGAUUUUGACCUCGGGUCAUGUGCUAACACAUUUCGGAGUGCUCCAAGUCGGAAGGCCCGUCGUUGUCAACAUCGCCGGGUUCGGAUUUUCUAACGUCACCGGCGCACCGGUCGGUGCCCAUAAACAGCCGCAUAUCAAGAACUUCGUCUCGCGCGUCCCAGAACUCGCUCCAAUCGCCGAGCAAAAGUACUGGCUCCUCGCCACCAAAGACCGGCAGCUCGGGCUCGUUAAACAAGUUUCACAACCGGCUCGUGGACAAGCUCAAGCGCUCGCUGAGGCGGGCCGAGGACAGCUCCGACGACCAGCGCAACCUGUCGUGAAAAAAUCAAGGGGUUUUGGGCCGACCGCCCCCGUACGGCUCGAAACCGCUGGACGUCGCGACGGCCAGGCGCACCUCGGCACCGCAGCCGAUCUCGAGCAGCGCAGCGUCGAGUCGCGCCGCCGCUAUCAGUACGAGCGCCGAUGACGAGCAGGAGGACGACGAGGUGGACCAGGUCGACGACGACGAAGUCGACUUGGACGACUAUGUCGACGACGUCGACGACGUGCCGGUGGACGACGAGGCUUACAGCGGCCUCAGUCGCGCUUACCUAGAGAAGCUCGCCAUCGACAUCGAUCCGAAGCGUCGCAACAACAACGACAGCAACAAAAGCGUUUGGCAGCGGUAGCCUGAUCCGCUCGCUGCUAGUCAACGAGGCUUCCGAGAGCUCGUUUCGCGCUCGGUCUCCUCCCGAGGCGGCUGCCCCGCAAAGACGCCUCGUCGAUGGCGUCCUUGGCUCGUGGGCCUCUCCGCUCUCUCUCCGUUUCUCUCUCUCGCGCGCGUCAAGGCCAUCCUGGUGCGACGCAAAAACGGCGUCGGCUGACCGAACGAGUGGCAAAACAGUGAAAAGUCUGUGCCUGUCCGUCUGCCUCGCGGAUGAGAGCGCGCUGCGAUCGCGCGACCUCGUGCACGCCGGAUCGCCCACGGUCUUGUUAAAUCACGCACUGCACGCAUUGAGGACGCCACGCGCUGGAGCAAAGGUAAUGAUGCUUCCUUCACUCAAUACUGUCUGGAUGAUACAUCACUAAGAAGAAAGACCGUCGAUGAGAGAUAUAAAAAUGGUUCUCCACCAUCCGACGGGCAAAACGAGAGGGUUCAGGUGUCUCUGUGUCUGUCGCUCCCAAAUUUUUCUUUUGGCUUGGGGACGCAUCUAACUAUCGUCAGACCAACUACCGCCGUUAACCGCAACCACUACAACCAAUGUUCAACCAACCAUCACCAACCACCACCACAGCCACAGUCCCAAUUUGAUUCGCGAGCGAGGCCGCGUCGAACCAUAGGUUUAUGCACAAAGUCACGCCGUUUUUGUCCUUCCGUCGUUUAGCUGUCAGGUCGUUUGCUAGAUCGAACAAAGCGAAGCAAAAACAAAAACCCAACAACAUUCGACGCUAGGUCAGGACGUCCAAUGUCCAACUUGGUAGCAAUAUCAGCUAGGCCGACAAAGGACAAAUUCCACACUACGAGCUGAAAGCGUGUGUGUUUAGGUGUGCGUGUUUCUUCUCGUCAAAUUCUCAGAUAUACCAGCAACCGAGAAGAGCACCGAGCUUAAAUCGAUCGAUAAUCGCAUAUUCCUCUCGCGACUUUCGCUCGCAUCGAUCCAACGAUCGAUCGAAUUGUCUUCGGUUGCACAUUUGGUCUGUGUUCAGGCGAGAGCAACGACAAAAUUCAAAUGGCACUUCGACAAAGGCUCUCGUCCACGAUAUCCAAGCACUAUUAUCUCUUCUCGUACGCGCAGUAUUAAAAGCCUAUUAUCAACGAUUUUCUCGCCGCAGAGUGCCGAUAUCGCCGUUUCCUGAAAGUGCUUCAUCGUCAAAAAAAAGAAUAACAUCUGGUUCAAACACCUCAGUACGUGUUUUUUCUAAUGCACGCACGCAGUCUCUCCUGUAGUGGCGAUAUUUUCUGCCCACAUCUAAAUACGCAACUUUGCAGACGUAUAUAUAACGAAAUAUAGAGCGUUGUUACAUAAAUAUGCGAAUGAUCUAGGCGUCUAUAUCUAAGUAACCGACUGAGAAUUCAUCCGAGACGUAGUUCAGUGACACUUAGGGGCGUUAACUUACACGGAAAAAUUGUUCGUAAAAAAUAUUAAUCAACAUAGUUAAGUAUGCGUAAUACAGGCACAUAUUAUACUUAAACGUAAUAUGUGGACGAUUCAAUAAUGAUAAAUGUUAUAAUCAUCCGUUUUACUGAACAAAUUUCAACUAAGCUUUAGAUAUUAAUGCAGAUAUGUAAAAUGUUUGUUCGUUCGUUCGGUGUACUUGGGUCUUUUAGAUGUACUUAUUUCUGAAAUAAUAAAGCAAGUAAUUUAAGGCUAAGACAAUUUCACAUAACUAGUUUUCUCGGAUAAGAUGAACUAGCUUCAAAUGGAUUCUCAGUCGCAGUUGUCGUUGCGAUAAUCUAAGGGACGUUGGAAUGAAGGAGUGUUGCGAUGAUACAAAAAAAAGUUACACAAUCUCACUAGCUUGAACCUUACCAGCAUCACCGAUCAAUUUUUAUGAAAAAAGUACAUUUGUUUUUUCAUGAGUUUUCAAUGAGCAUCUCAAUAAAUUGAGCAAUAUUUUCAAAUACACGCAUAUGUACUGGCAGCUGUUUCUAUUGACAAGUUCUAGAGUGAUGUUAUUAAAGUUCAAGGUAAAAUGCGAUGUAAGCGAACUAAUUUAGCGUAGGAGAAUCAGAUUUUUCAAAAAAGUUAAAUAAAUCUGCUUGCCUAUCAACUGAAUUUUGUUUUAUUUUUUUUUCAUUAUGGGAUUUUCAUAGUAUUGAAGAUCGCGCAAGUAUUGAUUAAGACGCGAGACUGAAAAAAAUUUAUUUAUUAGAAAAAAUCAUAAAGAACUAUUAAACUUUUAGUUUAGAAUGAGAGAAUGUUUCGAAGGAAUCAGUUAGGCAUUAACAAAGUGACGCGAUCCUAUGAAACUAGAGCCUGCUUAAUUAUAGACAGAUAGAGACUUAUCUAAGUAUUCAUAAGCAGCGUUUCGUGCUUUCAAGUACUUAUAUAUGUGUAUGAAUUAAAUGUAUGUAUACGAAUGACCAAAUCGUACAAAAAUCACUCACUCGUACAUGAAAAUUUCAAACCUAUCUUAAAUUUUGAAGUGUACAUUAAAAAUGUGCACCGAGUCGCUUUUAUUACGGUCUCUGAGCGUGAAACAGUCAAUCAGACGAAUUCAACUUGCACAUCAUCAAUUCGACUCAGUCUUGAGACAGCAGCUUCGAACAUCGUUUAUCGAUAAAAGACGUAUUAGUCAUCUUAUCGUUGCUCGGAGCACGCGAUGCGCACUCGCUAGAAACGUGAUUGUACGGUGAAUUUUUUUGACAGCUUGACGAAGACGUCCUCUGCUUGUGAGUGCUUUUUGUACGAGAGCAGUUACGUAGGUGAGAGCAGUCUUAUGCGAGAGUGUGUGUGUAUUGGGACGUGAAUAUACAUUCGUUUGCGCGCCGAAAAUCGUAUCUUUUCUUGGCUUCUCCGAGCCUGAGAGCCGAGCAGCGCAGCUCGAUUUCACAUCAAUUGGCGCUCUUUCUUUCUUUCUCCGCCGCAUGGAGAAGAAAAGAAAGGCGCGGGAAAGCGAAUGUCGAAAAAAGAAAAAAAAGGAACGAAACAAAGGAGUUAACAAAAAAUUAAUAGCCGAGCUGCUCUGAUAAGAGAAAUCGUACAUGUAUGCGGAUUUGGAAGAAGCUCAUGCGAUAUUUGACGCAUCAAUAACUGUCAUUGUUGGUGGACUCGGUUACGCAUUAGUCUCUUUUAUGCAAGGUAACAGUUUUGCGUUCGCGAUUGUUCGGCAAAUGGUAUUGCCGCGAUUGUUAUUAUUCGUGGAUCUUUUGAGUCACGCGCGCGCCGCCACCGGCUUACGUGAGCGCACAUCGUCGCGGUGGCACCGACGUUUCGCCGAACGGAUUCGUUUCUAGCAAUUGUGAUAAAUAACGAGCACAAAGAAGAGAAAAAAAAGUCACAAACGAGUUUGUCCGCGCUCGAGUUCGAAAUCGUCACAUUUUCCAGUACGAAAAUCUUCGCAACUGAGAAUUGCGCAACAACGUCGGUGAUUUGUUGCGUCAACUAUUGCAGGUGAAAAGAGAGGAAAAAAACAGCGUAUUAUUGCGUAUAGAACUGUUCGAUCUCGCACUCGUCGCAGAGUGAAUUUUUUCGAAUACUUUUAAUUCGCCUACAUACACUUAUUUAGCUAUUUAUUCAAGAAUGCGUGCUAUUAGUCGAUUAUUAGUAUGGCUAAAAGUCGAGCGAAACGGACAGGUGAUUAGAAAUCGCGGCCAGACUCAUUUAAUCAAUGCACUCGAACGAAUUAGCGACUCACCCCUCGAUUGUCCCUCGAAAAAGCUCCAAAUAUAACGCUGACUCGUUCGAACAUUUCCGCUUUGACGUUCCGCUUUGGCAAAAUUUAAGGUCAUUUUUUCUGACGAUCAGAGUUUAACAAUAAGUAACUAUUUUCUCAUGAUUUGAAAGAGACAUAAGAAAAGAAUUAAGGAGAGGUAGGAGAUGGACCUUCGCCUAUUGAGUAGUUUUCCGUCAAAUCGUUUGCUUGUGUGUUUGUUGUGACAGUUUGAAAUACUUUUGCCAUUUGAUUCUUUUGCAAAGUUCCAGUUUAUUCCAAGGCUUUGCUUUAUUCCGUGAUGAGUAUGAUGGAGCUGUAGCAAUCACUGCAGAGCACCAUACUUGUCUUGGGCGAAAAGCUCGAAAGCUCGAAUAGGCUCUCGGAAAUUUUACAAACGACCAAUCGAAAGGGUUAAGUAUUUAGCUCUAUCCCGAUAAACGUGGCGAGAUGAACGACUUUUGACGGACUUAUCAAUCGAUCGGUGAAGAUCAGCUCUGUCGUCUCCUUAAAGUUUUGUAAAAUUUUUUAAAAGUAAUAUUUUUAUAAAAAAUUUGAUUUGAUGAACUUUUUUAACGAAGGCAAACACUUCGAACUCGAGGCUUUUGGCUAUCAUUUAUUUCGCACGUCUUUUUCGGCAAUUGUUGUUGACGCGGCAAUAUUUGGAAAAGGCCGAAUUAUGAAUCGGCAUCGAGCUCUGGGUUCGAGUGUUCGCCUUACAUGUAAAUAUUUAAUAGAAAUUCUUAAAUUUGCAGCAGCUCGCUCACGCAAUGCUCAACGUACAUUGCACACAGCGGUUUCGAACGUCAAAACCACUUUGAUUUUUUUUCAGAGGAAAUUCGACCGGCAAAAAUAGUAAGCUUUGACACAUCACCUGCCGCUGGCUUUUCCUUUCGGUAAAAUAAUUUUUUUCUACUCUUCGAACAAUCGACAAAUAUUAUAUGAGAAAAAAGAAAAGAGACGUUUGAGCUUUACGAAAAUGCAAAAAAUAAAUCUUUUAAAAUCUUGAAAGCAACAAAUAUUAAUUGAUAUAAAUGAAUACUGUACGUGUAUAACUCUGUGAUAUCAUAAGCGAUAAGAUAGAAUUAUUUUGCAUUAAUCAAACACUAUAAGAAAAAGUAACGAGAUGCAGAAAACUUCGAACAGCUAGAGUUGUGUCUGCACUGAGAAAGAAAUAUUUUUUAAAUUCAAAUUGUGAUACUAAUUAUUUUAUUGAAUAAAUGUGAGAAUCUCUAUUUACAACGUACGAUCUUUUAAAUAAUUAUUCAAGGUUAACGCUAAAGUAAGUUAUUGAUACGGUAAUUGAUACGUUUAAUAAAGCAAUGGAAAAAAUUGUAUCUUUUUUUUAUUAUGAAAAUUAAUUUAGAAAAAAUUUAAAAAAAGUUAAUAAAUAAUUUUUUUCUUGGUGCAAAAUGACUUAUACGGUAAUAUAUGGCAAAAAUAAAGAAAGCGAAGAAACGCAAAAAUUAAUAUCAAAA